AGAGCUAGUUCUCGAAGAGCGAUUAAAGCUGCUGGGAAAACAUGGCAGCUUCCUUUUGUUGCUGAUUUUAGUACUGUAUACUAGUGGGGGAUUAAAUACCCUUCUAGCGCCACUGCAGCCACCGGAUCAAGAAAAGAGAACAAUAAUAUGGAGAAGACUGGAAGUAUCGACAGUUUGGGCUCCAAGCAAUCCUCUUCUCGACAUCCGAGUGUUGAUUCAUUGUCCAGUUCUGAGCGUUCGGCCCACGUUAAACCUUCCUCUGCCAUGUUGUCUGAGAUGGCCACCUCAGCAGAGUUUUCCCCAGAAAUCAGGGUCAAGACCAAAACUCAUGCAAAGCAGGUUUUUAGAGAUUCUGAUAAAGAGGAACCACAGUUACUUCCAAAUGAAGUUGUGCAAGAUAUGGCUCAAGACGUCACCUACUUCUGUCCUUUCACCGGAGCACUGCGAGGAAUAGUGACAGUUAGCAACUACAGACUCUUCUUCAAAUGCAUGGACAGGGAGCCGUCUUUUGUGCUAGAUUUGCCCCUCGGGGUUGUGAGUCGUGUGGAGAAGAUUGGCGGUGCAUCAAGCCGUGGUGAUGUGUCCUAUGGCCUAGUCUGCAAGGAUAUGCGUAAUCUGCGAUUUGCACACAAACAAAUGGACGACACCCUCAAGAAGUCCAUUUUCGAAGUGUUGAUGAAAUUUGCCUUUCCUGUCUCCACCGGACUGCAAAUAUUUGCCUUCGAGUACGGACAAGUGUUUCCUGAGAAUGGAUGGAAGGUGUACGACGCAGUCUCUGAAUACAAAAGACAGGGCAUUCCCAAUGAAAGUUGGAGGAUUACAAAGGUAAAUGAUCACUACGAACUGUGCGACACCUACCCAUCCACUCUGGCAGUUCCAGUCAACAUUCCAGAUGAAGAGCUAAAGAGAGUAGCAGCCUUUCGGGCGAAGGGAAGGAUACCUGUGUUGUCCUGGAUCCAUCCAGAAAGCCAGGCAACUGUGACACGUUGCAGUCAGCCCAUGGUCGGGGUGAACGGGAAACGGAGCAAAGAGGAUGAAAAAUACCUACAGGCAAUCAUGGAUGCCAACGCCCAGUCACAUAAACUCUUCAUUUUUGAUGCCAGGCCCAGUGUUAAUGCUGCCGCUAACAAGAUGAAAGGUGGCGGAUAUGAAAGCGAGGAUGCUUAUCAAAAUGCGGAAUUGGUGUUCUUGGACAUUCACAACAUCCAUGUAAUGAGAGAGUCGCUCCGCAAGCUGAAGGAUAUUGUCUACCCUAACAUUGAGGAUUCACACUGGCUUUCAAAUCUGGAGUCUACUCACUGGCUUGAGCACAUCAAGUUGAUCCUGGCAGGAGCGUUGCGCAUUGCAGACAAGGUGGAGUCUGGCAAAACGUCCGUGGUCGUGCACUGCAGCGAUGGCUGGGACCGCACGGCGCAGCUCACCUCACUAGCCAUGCUCAUGUUGGACGGUUACUUCCGUACCAUUCGUGGCUUCCAGGUGUUGCUGGAGAAAGAAUGGCUGAGCUUCGGGCACCGUUUUCAGCUGCGUAUCGGCCAUGGCGACAAGAACCACACAGAUGCAGAUCGCUCACCUGUUUUUAUUCAGUUUGUCGACUGUGUGUGGCAGUUGACCCGCCAGUUUCCUGCAGCUUUCGAGUUCAACGAAUUCUUCCUGGUGACCAUCUUGGACCAUCUGUACAGCUGCUUGUUUGGGACGUUCCUGUGUAAUAGCGAACAGCAGAGGCUGAAAGAAGAGAUUCCAAAGAGGACAGUAUCCUUGUGGUCGUACAUUAACAGCCAGUUGGAGGAGUUUACCAAUCCUUUGUAUGUCAACUUCUCCAAUCAUGUGCUGUUCCCUGUCGUCAGCCUACGCCACCUGGAGCUCUGGGUUGGCUACUACAUACGUUGGAACCCUCGUAUGAGGCCUCAGGAACCUGUUCAUCAGCGCCACAAGGAACUGCUGGCAAAACGUGCUGAGCUGCAGAAAAGAGUGGACGAGCUGCAGAGAGAGGUGACAAAUCGCUCAGCGUCCUCUUCCUCUGAGCGGGCAGGCUCUCCAACACGGUCCAUCACCCCAGUCCAGACCUUUGUUUGACUUAACCCGACUGGUGUACAUUUGUCACUCAGAUACAGCGUGCAAGGUCUCUUUUGGCGAAACACACUCCGCUAAAUAUCUUAAUAAUCGAGCAUUGUGUCUGCUUGGAACAGACUCGUGAGAAUUCUAAACACCAUUUAUUCCAAUGACUGACCGCCAAAUCAGUAUUGUUAGCUUUGGAGCUCCUAAAAUGUUAUCAUGCUAAGAUAUUUAUGUCCUACACACUACAUGAGAAAAUGUAAUUCUACUAUUCCAAAAACAAUACAUCCCAAGCUAGUUUAAAGGCAUUCACUGG